AUGGAGACCGGCGUCGGCCCACAUCCGCUGCGCCUGUUCAUCUGCCUGAUGCCGCUCUGUCUCGCCUUGCUUUUGGGACCAGGGAGGCCCGGGACCGCCGAGGAAGUCAUCCUCCUGGAUUCCAAAGCCUCCCAGGCUGAGCUGGGCUGGACUGCACUGCCGAGUAAUGGGUGGGAGGAGAUCAGCGGCGUGGACGAGCACGACCGUCCCAUCCGCACCUACCAGGUGUGCAACGUGCUGGAGCCCAACCAGGACAACUGGUUGCAGACUGGCUGGAUCAGCCGCGGCCGCGGGCAGCGCAUCUUCGUGGAGCUGCAGUUCACACUGCGCGACUGCAGCAGCAUCCCCGGAGCCGCCGGCACCUGCAAGGAGACUUUCAACGUCUACUAUCUGGAAACCGAGGCCGAUCUGGGCCGUGGGCAUCCCCGCCCAGGCGGCAGCCGGCCCCGCAAGAUCGACACGAUCGCGGCGGACGAGAGCUUCACGCAGGGCGACCUGGGCGAGCGCAAGAUGAAGCUGAACACAGAGGUGCGAGAGAUCGGUCCGCUCAGCCGGCGGGGUUUCCACCUGGCCUUCCAGGACGUGGGCGCAUGCGUGGCGCUGGUCUCUGUGCGCGUCUACUACAAGCAGUGCCGCGCUACAGUGCGGGGUCUGGCGGCGUUCCCAGCCACCGCAGCCGAGAGCGCCUUCUCCACGCUGGUGGAGGUGACCGGAACGUGCGUGGCGCACUCAGAAGGGGAGCCCGGCAGCCCCCCGCGCAUGCACUGCGGCGCCGAUGGCGAGUGGCUGGUGCCCGUGGGCCGCUGCAGCUGCAGUGCGGGAUUCCAGGAACGUGGUGACAUCUGUGAAGCCUGUCCCCCAGGGUUUUACAAGGUGUCCGCGCGGCGGCCCCUCUGCUCGCCGUGCCCGGAGCACAGCCGGGCCCUGGAAAACGCGUCCACGUUCUGCGUGUGCCAGGACAGCUAUGCGCGCUCGCCCAGCGACCCGCCCUCGGCGUCCUGCACCCGGCCGCCGUCGGCGCCGCGGGACCUGCAGUACAGCUUGAGCCGCUCGCCGCUGGCGCUGCGGCUGCGCUGGCUGCCUCCGGCCGACUCCGGCGGCCGCUCGGACGUCACCUACUCGCUGCUGUGCCUGCGCUGCGGCCGCGAGGGCCCGGCGGGCGCGUGCGAGCCGUGCGGGCCGCGCGUGGCCUUCGUGCCGCGCCAGGCGGGGCUGCGGGAGCGCGCCGCCACGCUGCUGCACCUGCGGCCCGGCGCGCGCUACACCGUGCGCGUAGCCGCGCUCAACGGAGUGUCGGGCCCGGAGGCCGCCGCGGGAGCCACCUACGCGCAGGUCACCGUCUCCACCGGCGCCGGGGCACCAUGGGAGGAGGAUGAGAUCCGCAGGGACCGAGUGGAGCCCCAGAGUGUGUCCCUGUCUUGGCGGGAGCCCAUCCCUGCUGGAGCCCCUGGGGCCAACGGCACGGAGUAUGAGAUCAGAUACUAUGAGAAGGGUCAGAGUGAGCAGACUUACUCCACGGUGAAGACAGGGGAGCCUGCGGUCACCGUCACCAACCUCAAGCCGGCUACCCGCUACGUCUUUCAGAUCCGGGCGGCUUCCCCGGGGCCCUCCUGGGAGACCCAGAGCUUCAACCCCAGCAUUGAAGUGCAGACCCCGGGGGAGGCUGCCUCGGGGUCCAAGGACCAGAGCCCCGCAGUCGUCGUCACCAUCGUGACCAUCUCAGCCCUCCUCGUCCUGGGCUCUGUGAUGAGCGUGCUGGCCAUUUGGAGGAGGACCUGCAGCUAUGGCAAAGGAGGUCGGGAUGCCCAUGAUGAGGAGGAGCUGUAUUUCCACUUCAAAGUCCCAACUCGCCGCACAUUCGUGGAUCCCCAGAGCUGUGGGGACCCGCUGCUGGCUGUUCAUCUGUUUGCCAAGGAGCUGGAUGCGAAAAGCGUCACACUGGAGAGGAGCCUUGGAACAGGGCGGUUUGGGGAGCUGUGCUUCGGCUGCCUGCAGCUUCCGGGCCGCCAGGAGCUCCCCGUGGCCGUGCACACGCUGAGGGAGGGCUGCUCCGACUUGCAGAGGCUCAGCUUCCUGGCCGAGGCCCUCACCUUGGGCCAGUUCGACCACAGCCAUGUGGUGCGGCUGGAGGGCGUCGUCACCCGAGGAAGCACCUUGAUGAUCAUCACUGAGUACAUGAGCCAUGGGGCCCUGGACGGCUUCCUCAGGCGGCAUGAGGGCCAGCUGGUGGCCGUGCAGCUGAUGGGGCUGCUGCCCGGCCUGGCCUCGGCCAUGACGUACCUGUCGGAAAUGGGCUACGUCCACCGGGGCCUGGCGGCCCGCCGGGUGCUGGUCAGCGGCGACCUCAUCUGCAAGAUCUCCGGCUUUGGGCGGGGACCUCGGGACCGAGCAGAGGCUGUCUACACCACCAUGAGCGGCCGGAGCCCGGCGCUGUGGGCCGCCCCCGAGACGCUUCAGUUUGGCCACUUCAGCUCCGCCAGUGAUGUUUGGAGCUUCGGUGUCGUCAUGUGGGAGGUGAUGGCCUUUGGGGAGCGGCCCUACUGGGACAUGUCUGGCCAAGACGUGAUCAAAGCCGUGGAGGAUGGCUUCCGGCUGCCGCCCCCCAGGCACUGCCCCUCCCCCCUGCACCGACUGAUGCUUGACUGCUGGCAGAAGGACCCAGGUGAGCGGCCCAGGUUCUGCCAGAUCCAUGGCCUCCUGAGCAAGAUGGUGCAGGAUCCAGAACCCCCGAAGUGUGCCGACACUACCUGUGCCAGGCCUCCCACGCCCCUGGCGGACCGUGCCUUCUCCACCUUCCCCUCCUUUGGCUCCGUGGGCGCGUGGCUGGAGGCCCUGGACCUGGGCCGUUACAAGGACAGCUUCGCUGCCGCCGGCUAUGGGAGCCUGGAGGCUGUGGCCACCAUGACCGCCCAGGACCUGGUGAGCCUGGGCAUCUCAUCGGUGGAACACCGGGAGGACCUCCUGAGCGGGAUCAGUGCCCUGCGGGCCCGGGUGCUCCAGCUACAGGGCCGGGGGGUGCAGGUGUGAGCGGCCCCACUCUUCCAGGCCAGGACCCCAGGGGGCUCCAGCCCCCAGCCUUGCCCAGGACCCCCGCCAGCUGCACUCCACCCGUGCGGAAGUGAGCUCCCAGAGCUUGUGUGGAGCCCCGGUUUCCCCCAUUUCCCUGCCUUCUCCCCCCAUUUCCCUCAGUCUGAGCACCUUGGCUGACUCAGUCCCCCUGGAAAAAAGGUUCAAAACCUGGGGAGGAUCCCUGAGAUAAUGGUGGGAGGAAAUGCAGGGUCUCAGAGACCAAGGUGGGCAGGGGCAGGGAGGAAGACGUAGCUUUGAAUGGCCCGAUUCAUGCCCUUCUGUCUUCCAUACCCACUGGGGUCUGGGGCCUACUCCAAAGGGUGCCCCACUUUCCCACAGACCACUGGCCAGCAGGCAGCUCAGGUCCCUGGUGGAUGGGCUCCUGUUAGUGACCACAGCUGCCUGGCCGCCAAUCCUGAUGGGCCAUGGGGCCUCAGCUCCCUGUAUUCCAGCUGGGCCCUGUCUGGACACUGGUCCUGAGGCCCAGGCAGGCAAAGGUGGUGCUGAGCUCAGGGGCUGGACCCCGAGGGCCCCGGACUUAGGAGCUGAUUUCUGCUUCCCCCACCCUUGGGCUGACCAUUCAGGGUGAGGGUGAGGGUCCCGGUGUUCCCCUGAGGCCCCACUAGGUGCCCCCCACCCCCUUUGCUCUCCUUGUAUAAACUCACCGGCCAGGACAUCUGGGAAGAGCAUGAGGAGAGCUGUUUUCUCCCCGGGGCCCCAUUGCUCCCCAGCCUUGGUGGGUGAUGAAAACAGGACUCUCAGAGAUGGAGCUUCUCUCGCUAACAGGCUGGUCCAACCCUUACCGUACAGGUGGGGAAAACAAGACCUAGUGAGGAGUCAGGGCCAGAGCUGGGGUUGAACCCCUGUGCCCAACUCCCGAUCUGGAGAGAGUCCUUGGUCCUGCCCUGUGUCACCAACACUCUUUCCUGGGGCAGCCCAGGGGUACUCUGAGGUGACCCCCUCUUGCAGGCUCCAUCCCCUGCACCCAGCCUCUCAUGGAGUACCUCCUCCCUCUGGCCCCUCUUCUGCGGGGCUUUGGCACAAGUAGUUGCACUGAGCUGAGUCCAGAGUUCCUUAUCCAGGAAGGCUUCCCAGAGGUGGGGGUGAUCAUGAGGCCAGGGCUUUUGUGGCACAGAAGGAAGGCAACUGGGUCUGGAUAGGGUCACCCCUGACCUAUGCCUGCUGUGGGUUUGGC